GUUUAUUUGGGGCAAGAACUUCAGCUCUUGAAAAGUUGAAAGGGAAAAGUGGUAUAAAGUCACUGGGAAAUGCUGAAUAUAGAAAUAAAAACAUCAAGCUAGGCUUGUGGUCUGAGUAUAAACAGAGGGAUGCAUCUAACUAUCAAAAGAUUCUCUGCGUUCUUGCCCUAGGGUUUUGGAAUUUUCGCGUUUUUGUAGCAUUUUGACGCUUUUCUCUAUCUUCUUCUCAGGUUGUGUGGCAUUUUCUUUCCGUUUCCUGUCAAUUUUGAAACCCUCAUCCAUAAAAUUAUCUUGGGUUUUGCCUGACUUGUAAAUCUGAAGGAGGGUUACAUUGAAUCUGUGUGACUGAAGUUAAUUUCAUGUUUAAGUAACUACCACGCCAUGGUGAGAGGAAAAAUUCAGAUGAAAAGAAUUGAGAAGGCAACAAGCCGGCAAGUUACUUUUUCUAAACGUCGAAAUGGGCUGUUGAAGAAGGCUUAUGAGCUUUCAAUUCUAUGUGAAUCUGAAGUUGCAGUGAUUAUCUUUUCACAGAAAGGAAGAAUCUAUGACUUCUCGAGCUCUGGGAUGGAAAAGACGAUCGACCGAUACUCUGAACACAAAAAAGAAGUGGUAGCUAACCAGCCUGAAACGGAAGAACACAUGCAGGAUGAUAUAGCAAACAUGGUGAAGGAGAUCGAAAUUAUUGAAGUUUCUCAGAGGAAGCUUUUAGGGGAAGAUUUGGGUUCGUGUAGUGUUGAUGAACUUGUAAAUAUUGACAGUCAACUGGAAAGAAGCUUGUGCAACAUUCGAGCGAGAAAGGCUGAGCUAUAUAAGGAGCGGAUAGAGCAACUAAAAGCAAAGGAGAAACUAUUACUGGAAGAGAAUGAAAGGUUAUGUUUAAAGGAACAUGAAUCACACAAAACACUUCUGAUUUUAGUUUCAUGCAAAAGCCAUGGCAGGCAUUAGCUCCACAGAAGGGUGCAACCCAUAACAGCAAAAGCUUCCAGAAUUCAGAACUAGAGACUGAAUUAUCCAUCGGACCAACUGAAAUACGUUUCUUCUAAUAAGAAAUUCGGUAUAAGUCAAUGUGAAUGAGACCAUCUGGGCUCUUACUUUGGAAUUGUACGUGAAUUGUAACAGAUCCCCAUAAAUGCUUUCAGCAUAUUGAGUAACUGCCCGUCUGAAUUAUUGUGGUAUGUAUGGUCAGUAAAUAAAAAAGAAGAAAUAAUGUAGUAUGGGCGGUAGAUUACCCCCAAGGCCUUGUCCAUCUUUGGUUCUUGUCAGCUAGUUGUAGUUCAUUAUUCUAGCGUUUAAAGUGUUUCAAUUUUUGUAUGUAUAAUUAUCCAAUGUAUUUUUGGACAAAGUACUGGUUUACACAAUGUUAUAUGCUUGGAGCACCUUAUUUUA